UGGAUUAACAUGGAUUAGAUUAUGUUUGUAUAUAUAUCUAUACAGUUCAUCUAGAAUGUUCAGACUCAGAACAUUACUAGAUCUGAACAAACCUGGUUAAGGGUAAACCACCUGGCUGAAAAUGGAGACAUCAGCGUUCAGCUGCUGGGUUCUUUUUCUGCUGAUUUAUCCAGUUGUUCCCAUGUGUCUUCCCACAGAGUUCACAUUGUUCGUGGAAAAGCCAGAAUGUGACUAUUGUGUGGCGAUCAACACUACUAUCUGCAUGGGAGUUUGCUUCACAAGGGACAGCAACAUGAGGGAUAUUUUCCGCUCACGCUUUGUUGUUCAGAGAAGCUGCACCUAUGAUAAGGUGGAAUAUCGCACAGUCAUCCUGCCUGGCUGUGCUAUCGACUCCAACCCUGCAUAUACCUACCCAGUAGCUAUCAGCUGCCACUGUGGUGCCUGCAGAACUGACAGGGAUGAAUGCACACUCAGACUCAACAGCUACGAUGCUAACUGUGCUAAACCAGUCAGGCGCGUUUAUCCUUAUCCUGGUCAAAGCAACUACGUGAUCCCAUUUUAAUUCUUCUGUUAUGUAAGAAAAUAAAGGUUUUUACUUCUUAUCUUAUAAUAGACCAUUGACAGUUUGCACUGCUUCAUUCUAUUUAAUCUGAUUGUUGAAUAAUAAAGUUAUAGUUUGACGUCUUAGUUUA